AUGGAGCAAUUUUCAACAUGGGAAAAAAAAUGUUUUGUGUGUCUGGUGGUAGAAAAUCGUAUCUCAUGUUGUAGACGUGACCCAAAACAUAUAUCUAAUGGGGUAGUGCCCCCCUGGAGCCAAACAUCUGACUGUAAUCUGAACCGACAUGCUGGAGCACUGAGUAAAAGAAGCAUGAACACAGUGGUGACAGGAGGUGGAGGCUAUUUUGGAUAUAAUCUGGGGUGUGCUCUUGCCAAAUUAGGAGCCUCGGUUGUUUUGUUAGAUACACAAGAGCCCAUUUGGGAAAUUCCUAAUGGAGUAGUGUUUAUCCAGGCUGAUGUGAGGGAUUAUGAUGUCCUAUUUGCAGUUUGUGAAGGGGCUGACUGUGUGUUUCAUGCAGCUGCAUAUGGAAUGUCAGGACUAGAGCAACUACAAAAAGAAAAGAUUGAAUCUAUAAAUGUUGGUGGGACAAAACUCAUAAUUGAAGUCUGCAAACAACAGAACAUCCCCAGACUGAUAUAUACUAGUACAGUGAAUGUGGUGUUUGGAGGGAAUCCCAUUGAAGAUGGCGAUGAGGAAACUGUGCCAUAUUUUCCACUAGAAAAGCAUAUUGACCAUUAUUCCAAGACCAAAUCAAUUGCUGAUCAAAUGGUACUAGCAGCUAAUGGAACUCCAGUAGCAGGAGGUGAUAAGCUCCGUACAUGUGUUCUUCGUUCACCAGGCAUCUACGGACCAGGAGAGCAAAGACAUCUGCCACGAGUAGCAGUUAAUAUUCAGAAGGGGCUGUUUCGCUUCAAGUUUGGGGACCCUUCUACCAAAAUGAACUGGGUUCAUGUACAGAAUCUUGUAAAAGCUCAUAUCCUGGCUGCCGUGGCUCUUACCUCUGAGAGGAACUAUAUAGCUAGUGGUCAGGCAUACUACAUAAAUGAUGGCAAGAAUGUCAACCUUUUUGAAUGGAUAACUCCACUAUUUGAAAAAUUAGGUUGCAGUCCACCAUGGAUACGUAUUCCUACUUGCUUCGUUUACGUAGCAGCCACAGCAAUGGAAUAUCUGCACUUGGCAUUGAAACCAGUUAUUGAAUUUACACCUUUGCUGACCAGAAAUGAGGUGCAGAACAUUGCCGUGACUCACACAUUCCGAAUAGACAAGGCACAUAACCAGCUAGGUUAUUAUCCAAAGAAGUUCUCAUUUGCCGAUUCUGUGGACCAUUUUAUCAAAACAAGACCAGAAAACCAGAAUCAUCACAUCUUCCUUAAAGUCAUACUUUCCUUAAUUGGCAGCUUUCUAAGCUUGAUAUUUCUUUCUUUUACAUUGCAAGAUCUUUCAAUUAUGCAUUUUUUCAAAGAAAACCAACAUUAA